ACAACUUGAAAAUCAAUUCAUUAUUCAUCCUCUCUAAGGAGCUCAAAAACCCGAACCGAGGAAAAUGGGCAAGGAUCUGAGCGACGACCAGGUCUCGUCGAUGAAGGAGGCUUUUACAUUAUUCGACACUGACGGUGACGGCAAGAUCGCGCCAUCAGAAUUGGGGAUCCUUAUGCGAUCACUCGGGGGAAACCCCACCCAAGCCCAACUGAAAUCGAUAAUUUCUCAGGAAAAGCUUACGGCUCCAUUUGAUUUCUCCCGGUUCCUUGAACUGAUGAAAAAGCACCUGAAAGUGGAGCCGUUCGAUCGGCAGCUGCGUGAUGCGUUCAAAGUGCUGGAUAAGGAAUCAACUGGGUUUGUCUCUGUGGCGGAUCUGCGGCAUAUUUUAACUUCUAUUGGGGAGAAGCUGGAGCCCUCCGAGUUCGAUGAGUGGAUCCGGGAAGUCAAUGUCGGGUCGGAUGGUAAAAUCCGGUAUGAAGAAUUUAUUGCCAGGAUGGUCGCUAAGUGAAUUGAUGGUUUUUUUCAAGAAAUGAAACAAAAAAUGGUGUUUUUUGAUUAUUAAAGUUCCGUGGAAUUAUUUCGUGUAUUUUCUUUUUUUUUGUAUUGGGUUAGAGUUUGAUUGAAAUCAAUGUGACGAAUGUUGUUGUUUCUUGAAUUGUUGAAUUAUUGCUAACUUUCUUUUUA